GUCUAGCCCUGGCCGUCGGCUGCGUGCAGCAAAAAGUUCCGGCCCAUUCCCCAGAUCUGCAUCUUGACAAGUUCCACCUGCAAAAAGACGAUUCCCUUUCAACGACAUUUCUGCCCAUUUCCGUCGAGCUCAGCCUUCCAAACCAACGCACACCGAACAUACAUAGGAUAGCUUCGCGGAAUCAUAGGAGAGCCCCGUAUGGCGUAAGAUGGAAAUUCCUCCUCGCCCUAGAGACUCGUUGCCUUGAAGCAGCCGUGAACCAGUUCAAAAUCCGCGUCGUCUAUCGCGUGGCCGCCCCGAAGACAUAGAUGCACGGCGAUCACGGAACGAAACUGACCUGGGUGAACCGGCCCUCGCAAAGCGACACCCACUGCCGACUAUGACCCGCCGUAUUGUCCGGACCAUCGGGCAGGUCGCCACGGCGGCCAUCGUCACCUUGAUCGUACUCUUCUUCCUCGACCGCAACUUCCGAGUCCUCCCGACGGCCCUCCACGAGUACAUGCCGACGCACCACCCCGGGCUAGUGGUGACCGACAUGACGGUGGCGACGUGCAGCAGCGUCAACCCGUUCAGCUCGUGCCGGCUCGACCCCGAUCUGUGGCAGCGCGUCGAGAAGGACCUGUACCUGGGCCGCAGCGUGCUCAACUCGGCGUACCUGCACGUGCGCCGCAUGCGCGAGGAGCAGCUGACGGCCGAGCACCGCGUCGUCGUCGACGUCGGCGUCGGCAGGCUGGACCCGGGCGCCGCCGAGCAGGACGGCGGAGGCGGCCGCGGCGACGAGGCCUGGGAGGCCAGGCCGGCCGGCCUGUGGAUCAAGCGCAGCGCGAGGAGGCACGCCAGCGACUCGAGGGACGCCGUCACGGCUGUCGACGUGCUCUUCGGCGACGACGCCGUCGAGGUCCGCGAGGGUUGGGAGGUCAGGGGCACACCGCUGCUACUGGGCUCGGGCGCCGACGCCGCCCACAUCACCGUCCGGAGGGGCCCGCCGCGCGAGGCGCCCAAGCCGCAGCCGAGGAUAGGCGAUAACGGGAGGUUCAAGAUCAUGCAGCUGGCGGACCUGCAUCUCAGCACCGGCGUAGGGUUAUGCCGGGAUGCGCUACCGGAGGGGUACAACGGCGGGAAGUGCGAGGCCGACCCCAGGACGUUGGACUUCGUCUCCAAGAUGCUCGAGGAAGAGAAGCCCGACUUGGUCGUCCUCAGCGGCGAUCAGGUCAACGGCGAAACCGCCCCCGAUGCGCAGUCUGCCAUCUUCAAAUACGCCCAGCUACUCAUAAAGCACAAGGUCCCCUACGUCUCCAUCUUCGGGAACCACGACGACGAAGGGUCGCUGCCGCGGCUCGCGCAGAUGAAGCUGAUCGAGGACCUGCCCUUCUCGCUCUCCAAGUCCGGGCCGGAAGACAUUGACGGGGUGGGCAACUACUACAUUGAGAUCCUGGCGCGGGGCAAGUCGAGCCACUCGGCCAUUACCGUGUACCUGCUCGACACGCACGCGUACUCGCCCGACGAGAGGAAAUUCAAGGGAUACGACUGGAUCAAGGACAACCAGAUCGACUGGUUCAAGGAGACGGCGCAGGGCCUGAAGCGCAAGCACAGGGAAUACACACACGUGCACCUCGACGUCGCCUUCAUCCACAUCCCGCUGCCCGAGUACCGGGACAGCAAGAAGUACUUCUAUGGGUUGUGGAAGGAGCCGCCCACGGCCCCCGUUUUCAACUCGGGCUUCCGCGACGCCCUGGUCGAGCAGGGUGUCGUCAUGGUUAGCUGCGGACAGUGAGCACUCCUCCGCACUCUUAUCAGAGAAGAGAUUGUGACUAACCCCCCUCCCCCCAUCUCUAGCGACCACGUAAACGAGUACUGCA